CAUGAAGCAGGAAGCAUCUGACGCAUCUUAUAAAACUGUAGGAGAACACGUCACAUAGUAGUCAUACACGUGGCACGUGCACAUGCGUGCACAUUGCACGGAGACACAUUGGUAUAAUGAUAAUGCACAAAAAGUUUUAUUCGUAAUUAUUUAUUGUAGAUUUAUUUAUUCAUGAGUCUAUAUCGAAUUGUCCUAACCUUGAUAUCCUAACCUUGAUGUCGAUUCUACAAAAACGAUAUAUAAGGAUACAUAUUGCAUAUAAUUAUAAUAUUAUUAUGAAAACGCUCUAUCAAAACUAUUUUAUACUAUAAUGUAUAAAAAAACUUUAUUAUUCACAUAUUUCUCAGAAAUGCCUCCAUCUAAAUUUUCCGAUCUACUUGGUGUACUUAAAGGGGUACAAAGUGUUACGAAUGCUCUGAUAAAACAUCAGGAGAAUGUAAUCAGAUAUAGAAUCACACACUCCAGUUUAAAAGAUUUACCUGAGAAAUGUUUACAAGCUGCAGGGAGGAAAUUGAAUAACGCAGAGCCAAGUAAAGUUCCUGGACAGAUAAUGAAAGACUUGAAAGAAGUAACCGAACGUAUAAGUAUGGUUGAGGAAGGUAUUAAACAAUAUAUUAAGGUAACAGCUAGUCAAACUCUGAAUAUAAAAAAUAAUGGUCGUACGCCUAAGAAGGAAACAAAACUAUAUGUGUACGAUACUGCAAAAGAUCCGAAAGAAUUGCCUAUUAAUGGAGAUGUCACCAAACUACCAAAAUACAAUACUAGCAAAUCUAGAACUAAAAAGUCUUUAGAAGACACGCAAAAUAACACAACAAAAAAAUAUAUGAGCGUUAAGGAAAAGAUCAAAACUAUUACUAAUUCAGACAAAGAGAUACCCAAUAUAGAAUUCUCUGACAAAGAUAAAGAAAUCUUGAGAAGAUUGGAAUUGGAACAUGAGAAGAAUAUUAAAAACAGGGUUACAAAUUCUGCUCAUUCUUCUGUAAUUAAAGUACACGAAAAGGAACGUAUACAUAUGGAAAUGAAUUCUAAAGAAAGACCAAAAGCUAAAUUAUCAGUUAGACCAAAGCAAUGUUUAUCACCUACUGCCAGAGAAAGAAAAGUUCCCUCUACAAGAUUGCAAAGAAUGGUAAGUUUCGGUACCUUAGGUAUUGGGCUUGGUCUUGGUACUGCUGCAGAAUAUACACGGAGAACGUUAGGAUUAAAAGAGCAGAGUAUUGGGGAUACGGUUGACGGUAUGUUUCUCACUAAAGCUAAUGCAGAGAGAAUAGUUUCAACAUUGUGCAAAGUAAGAGGUGCAGCUUUAAAGAUUGGUCAAAUAUUAAGCAUCCAAGAUAAUACUAUCAUAAAUCCCGAAUUGCAGAAAGUCUUUGAAAGAGUCAGACAAAGCGCUGAUUUUAUGCCAAAGUGGCAAGUCGAGAAAGUGUUAACUAAUGAACUUGGACACAAUUGGAGAAAUAAAUUGGCAUUCUUUGAGGAAAAGCCAUUCGCCGCAGCAUCCAUUGGACAAGUUCAUCAUGGUACAUUAUUUAAUAAGCAAGCUGUAGCGAUAAAGAUUCAGUAUCCCGGUGUAGCUAUGGGUAUUCAGAGCGAUAUUGAAAAUUUGGUUGGCAUAAUGAAGGUGUGGAAUAUGUUUCCAGAGGGAAUGUUUAUAGACAAUGUAGUGGAGGUUGCGAAACGGGAACUGGCGUGGGAAGUGGAUUAUAUAAGGGAAGCAGAGUGUACGAAAAAGUAUAGAGAGUUAGUAAUGCCUUAUCCAGAUUAUUAUGUGCCUGUAGUAAUAGACGAUCUCUGUACCAAACAAAUAUUUACAACAGAGAUGAUAGAAGGUAUACCUGUCGACAAAUGUAUAGAUAUGAAUGUUGAGAUUAAGGAACGUAUAAGUCAACUGAUCAUGCGUCUGAGCCUAAAGGAAUUAUUCGAAUUUCGAUAUAUGCAGACUGAUCCAAAUUGGUCCAAUUUCUUUUACAAUCUCGAUACAAACCAGUUAAUUUUAUUGGAUUUCGGAGCAUGCAGAACUUAUGAGAAAACGUUUCUGGAUAAAUAUAUAGAAGUCAUUAAUGCUGCAAGUGAAGGAAAUCGCGACAAAGUCCUACAACUGUCUCAAGAGAUGAAAUUUCUUACUGGCUACGAGUCUAAGAUUAUGGAGGAUGCUCAUGUGGAUGCAGUUAUGAUUCUUGGGCAAGUGUUCAAUAAUAAUUACGAGUAUUAUGAUUUUGGUGGCCAAGAUGUAACAAAACGGAUCCAAGCCUUAGUACCAACUAUAAUAAAUCAUAGAUUAUGCCCACCACCUGAAGAAAUAUACAGCUUGCAUAGAAAAUUGUCUGGAAUAUUUUUGCUGUGUGCAAAACUUCGAGCUAAAGUCAAAUGUCGCGACAUGUUCCGCGAGAUUUAUGCCAAUUAUAAAUUCGGUUGAUACAUAUUUAUAUAUCAAUUUGUUAACAUAACAAAAUAUAUUUUUUGAUUGAAAUA